AUGAGCUCUAGAAACGUAGCUCUGAUGCAUGCUUCAGCUGCGAAUAGUGGCAAGCAAAAUGCCCUGUCUUCCAACAGCAGUGAAGAAGUUUCUCCAGCCGAUAGUAAAGCAGUAAGGGAUCGUAAAGAGCCUAGCUUUUUCGAGGUUUCCAUGCUUGCCGAAGAUGAGAUUGCAACGUUGAGGCAUGAAAAUGAGGUUCUCGAAAAUAGGCUCUCCGGGUUGACGGAGAGACAUUUACUAGAGAACCCAUUAGCAGGCGAGUUCACGGCCCUAAAGACUGAGAUUGGAACCCUCAAGCAUCAGGUCUCCGGCCUGAAAGACGAACUCUUGUCAAGGACUCUGCUACUAAGCGAACUUGCAGCCCUGAAGCUUAGAAAUGGAACUCUUGAGCUCAAGCUACUUGAGUCGAGUGGCAAUCUGUCCGCUGUGACUCAAGCGCUGACUGCAGAGAAUAAGGAUCUCAUGGAUCAGGUCUCCAAGCUGAGAGACAACCUCUCUGCAGCGAAAUACUCCGGAGACCAGAUGUAUAAAGCUCAUAGGACCUUUCGUGACAAGGUUCUGACUGCCGUCGUUGAUAUACUAUGCUACCAGCAUAGUUGUCUGGAGACCAUCGAGCAGCUGCGGGCCAAGGGUAGAAAGGUCUCCGACACUGAGGAAAGGGCCUUCACGGAGCGCUUGGAGCAGUGUUUCGAGCCAUACGAAUGGUUUGCAGCUUCAGAGACCGCUGAAGACCAAGCUGUAUCCGCCAGGAGUAGCGGUCUUUAG